AUGGACAGGGACCCGAGUGAGGAGGACGGUGUGGACCUCAGCUUUGAGGCCGAGAGCCCUCUGGCACCCCCAGAUGAACUCCUGGAGAGACUGCCCAGCUAUGACCGGCUUCUUCAAGAGGCUGGACGGCAGAUAUUCUUCCCACCGUUGGAAGCCCCAGGGAGACCCCACGAGCAAAGGUGCUGGGCCUCGUUCCUGGAACAUAGCAGGGUCCCCGCGGUAACUGAGGAGGUGGCGCGUGAGGCCCUCCGCAGCUUCGUGAGCUCCAAAUGCUGCUACGGCAGCGGCGCGGCCGGCGACCUCAUCAUCCAGGAGCUGCGGCAGCAGACUGUCUGCCGGUAUCGACUAGAGACUUUCAGUGAAUCCAGGAUAAGUGAAUGGACAUUUCAACCCUAUACUAACCAUUCAGUUGAUGGACCACAAAGAGGGACCUCCCCCAGGCUUUGGGACAUCGACGUCCAGGUUCCCCCAAUGUUCCAGGAAGACACCAGGAAGUUCCAAGUCCCUCACUCGUCAUUGGUCAAGGAAUGCCACAAAUGCCAUGGACGCGGGCGUUACAAAUGCAGUGGCUGCCACGGGGCCGGCAUGGUGAGGUGCUCCUCCUGCAGUGGAGCCAGGCGCAAAGCCAAGCAACCCCGGAGGUGUCAGAUGUGCUCAGGGUCCGGCAGGCGGAGGUGCAGCACGUGUUCGGGGCGGGGGAGCAAGACCUGUACCACCUGCAAGGGGGAGAAGAAACUGUUGCACUUCAUCCAGCUGGUCAUCAUGUGGAAGAACAGCCUGUUUGAGUUUGUGUCUGAGCACCACCUGAACUGCCCCGGGGAGCUCCUUGCUAAAGCCAAAGGGGCAAACCUGUUUAAGGAUGAAAACACCAUGGUGUACCCCGUGGUGGACUUCCCACUGCGCGAGAUCUCUCUGGCCUCGCAGAGGGGCAUCGCGGAGCACAGCGCCGCCCUGGCCUCCCGAGCCCGCGUCCUGCAGCAGCGCCAGACCAUCGAGCUGAUUCCCCUCACGGAAGUUCAUUACUGGUACCAAGGGAAGACCUAUGUCUACUACAUCUACGGCACCGACCACAGAGUGUACGUGGUAGACUACCCCGAGCAGUACUGCUGUGGCUGCUCCAUCCUCUGACAUGGCACGGCUGGCCCCAGAGCCCACCACUCAUGGGGGCCCAGGAGGACAGCUGAGGCCUCUGAGGUCACGCAUCACUGGCUACACUGGACAGUCACGUGCAAACCAUGGUAUGUUGUUCCAGAUAAUUCACAUAUCAUCUGUCAAGCCACAAGUCUUUCCAGAGCCCCUCUGGUGGAAUCCAUCAUGUAUGUAAACUAUAAGAAUUAAAUUACACACAUUCCUUUAGGACGAAUCACUUAAAUGGUGGGGGCUGGGCCUCUGGUCUGCAAGCUGAUGCUCUGAGUGUGUGGUUUGACUUUGCUCUUUCCUGGGCCAGUCUCAGUGCUGGUAUGCUCUGUUAGUGUGAGCCUUUUGCUGAGCUUUGCAUAUUGAAAUGUUUAAUGAUACACACAAACUGACUGCUCCUAAAUGCGCACUCAACAGGAUACGUAGGCAUGAAGUACAAAAUUUUUGUUCCCAUUCUGUGGGUCAGGAAUUAGUCACAGACUUGGUGGAGAUGGCUUCUCUGCUCUAUGAUAUCUGGGGCCUCACCUGGAUUCAAAGAUUGGGGUUGCCUCAAAGGCAGGGGGCUGAAAUCCUCUUAAGGCUGGCUGACUCAGAUCUGGUGGUCAGUGGUGGCUGGGACCUCUGCACAUGGUCUCUCCCUGCAGCCUGGGCUUCCUCACGAGAUGGUGGCUGUCAGGGUAGGUGCUCCUCAUGUACAUCCCGAUUGAAAAAUAGACAUCAGUUCUCAAACUGAAGAGCAGACUUGCUGUGUUGGAUGGACUGAGGGUCUGUGUGCUGAUCCCUUGUACGGUACCCGGGUCAUGGUAGAUUUUGCAGAGUGAUUCUGGAUAUAUGCACAUUCUUAUAUCAUGUGAUGACCUUAGAGCCCGCCCAUGGAGUAGGACGUGAACUGGUCCUGUGCACCAGGACCUCCCACCUGGUGCGGUGAGGCUGUGUGAUGGAGGGGGUGCUCCGCAGACUGAAUGCCCUGUCCGCUUCGGAGGAGGCCAGGUACGGGGGCCAGACAGGCCACUGUGCACCUGGCUGUCGCCCCCUGUCAUCUUAUUGUGCCUGCCUCCACCCGGAAGGGGACUGCUACAGCCCAGGAGGGCCAGUCUGCGCCCUCUUGGUCCCCAAGCUCCUGCCAGCCUGCAGCCCUUGUCACCCUUGCUGUGGGAUGAUGUGGCCAUAACAGGUCUUGUUGAGGGAGGCUUGGGGAGCCCGAGGCCAUCCUCCAGGGCAUCGCUGACAGAUGAUAUGCAAACGGACACCUGCCUCCUUACCUGUUACCACCUAGUUCCAGGGCCCCUGUUCAGUCACUGCUGUCUCUCAAUCUGGCCACACUGCACCUGGUGGGGCCUGGCUGGCAGGAGCAGCAGGGUUCAGAGGGGUGUCCGGCUUCCUUGGGGCUGCGUGGAAGACAAGGGAACUUGCCUGAGAAGCAAGGGGUGGUGCCUGGGAGACUGUGAGACACUUGACCCCGCCCCAGCAAAUCCACCAGGCUCACAUUUUGCCGCCUCCAGCUGCUCCCACUCAAUGCCACAGGCUCUGCAGGUGGGGGAGCCCAAGGGCAGGGCAAGGGCCACCCUUGGGUGGGGAGCACUUUGGUCCCUGGGGGCAGAGCCUGGCGGUGGCGG